CAUCGUUUCAAAGACUCGGACAUGGUGACCCUGAUCAACAACUACUACUGUGAUUACACCGUCAACUAUUGAUAGGUUUAUUAUUCGAAACACCAAGCGCUUUGAACUUGCUAGCCUUAUUUACUGACGAGCUGGUUGGCUCCCUCUCCUUCGACUUUCCUAACCUUAUCUAUAUACAUACAUGGGGUUCCAGCAUCCUCGGUACAGUGGCACUGUCUUGGCAUUUCGCUUGCUAUUAUUCUCCUACUAGCAUCGUACGAACUGUCCAACCACACACAACUCAUUACCAGAGAUUCGCCUUGUGUACAAUUAGAUCUUCAUUACAUAGAUCGUCGUCUCGGACUGAAAUUUGUUCCGUAUAACUCACUAUCCCGUAUCUCUUCCGCUCCACUGUCAUAUCCCACGAUCUUACCUUCACCAUAUCCACCUGACAUAAACCCACGUAACUACUCGAUUCUGAUCGUGUGGUCUCUAAUUAGAGUAUCAAAUCGAAGUACUACAAAGCACUAUGGCGUCGUCGAACACUUUCGGGGAGCUGGGCCUCUCCAUCAUCGGAUUGGGAGCACAAUAUCCACCAAAUUCCCUUAGACCAGAUGAGUUGAGUAAAAUCGCCACAAAAUACUAUCCAGAUUCUCUUGCCAUGGGAAGAGUACUGUCAAUAAAUAAGUACACAGGCAUAGAUACACGGUCAUCAAUUGGUACUUCAGAUCACCCGGUGGUGAACCAACCAGAGGCGCCGUCAAUAGCAGAGCUUCAUAAGCUGUUCAUAUCGGACGGUGUUCCGCUUGCUAUUGAAGCCUCUAGGAAAGCUAUCCUAGAGGCUGGAAUUGAUCUAUCACAAAUCACUCAUAUAGUCGCUACAACAUGUACCGACAGCGCCAAUCCCGGGUUUGAUCAUUUCGUCGCAAAGGGCCUGAGUAUCACUCACCAAGUCGAAAAAGUUCUGUUGCACGGAGUCGGUUGUUCAGGGGGGUUAGCGGUACUACGCACCGCUGCAAAUUUAGCACUAGGCCAUGCUAUGAGACGAAAACCCGCUAGAAUAUUGUGCGUUACCCUCGAAGUAAGCACAACGAUGGCCCGAAGCGAACUAAACAGUAUCAAUGAGCUUCAAGAAACACGGAUUGGAGCUUGUUUAUUUUCUGAUUGUGCGUCCGCUGUAAUCCUCAGCAACGGAAUAGGGCAAGCGACGGCCGAACCAGUUUACGAAUUGCUUGGGUGGGAACAUAAAAUCCUUCCAGAUACCGAGGCGGAUCUCGGGUUUGAUGUGGACCCUGUUGGGUGGAAAGUGGUUCUUUCACCUCGAGUACCGAAACUAGCGACAGAAGUACUGAGACCGAGUUUCGAUGAGUUAUUAGAAAGUGUUCCAGGAAUUCCCGUUGGAUAUCGAGAAGCGGCGGAUUUCGACUGGGCGAUGCAUCCGGGUGGUUUGACUAUUUUGACGGGUGCUGAGAAGGUUAUGAACAUCUCAUCGGAACAUAUGAGAGCUAGUUAUGACCGAUAUAUGAACCACGGAAAUUCGAGCUCGGCGACUAUCUUCAGCGUAAUGGAUCGAUUACGAAGUAAAGAUAUGGACGCAUUAGCUCCCGACGGUCGGGUUCGAGAUUACGUGGUAGGAUGCGCAUUUGGCCCUGGAAUCUCUGUCGAAAUGUGCAUGCUAAAACGCAAUAUGGGACGUCGUGAGAUGCAGACCCCCCCAGAAACCGACAGCGAAGCAAGCAGGAGUGAGAUUGGUGAGGAGGUCGAUUGGGCAAGCAUUGAAGCCAGAGAAUCGAUUCCGGGUACACCAGGAUCGCAAGAUGAGCAAAAACCGACGCUUGGUGACGAAAUAUUCAUCACGGAGGCAAUUGCAAAUAUCGAAUUGGAUUAAACUUGUAUGAAUAUUAGAUUAGUAUAUAAAUUAUACCCGUGUCGCGAAUGCGGCCGUUCCGUUAAAUAUGUUUGGUAUUGAGUCGUGAUCUGAAUCUAUUGCGCGGUAAAUUCGGAUAGUUCCGAUCUAUCGCAGAGACAUAACCUAACGCAAGUCAGGCCUCUUAGGUCCUUAGCUAGAUGGAUAUCCAUUUGAGAUCACGGUAAUGAUGGGCGUUCAGCGUGUACGUGUAUAUGGUGUUUAGUCCUUGCCUUGCGAUGAAUAAGAU